GAGGCCAGGACUACUAGUAUUUAAUCGGAUGGUAGGGCCGUGGAAACCCUAAAUCGAGGUCAAUUUCUCGGUUUCCCGUUAAUUCCUCUCUCCUGCCCCUCCGAUGGCUUCGCCGUCGCACCCCGACAUCGAGCGAGUCCUUUGGACGGAGGACGACAUCCUCGGCCGCGUCGCGGAGCUUGCUUCCCAGAUCUCUCUCGACUUCGAGGGCGGUUCGCCGCCGCUCGUAGUGGUGGGCGUCGCCACCGGCGCGUUCCUGUUCCUCGCCGACAUCGUCAAGCGCAUCUCCCUGCCGCUCCGCGUCGACUUCGUCCGGGUGGAGUCGUACGGGUCGGGCACGGAGUCCAACGGCGCGCCGAGGAUUUCGAGCGACCUCAAGCUCGACGUGGAAGGGAGCCGCGUGCUGGUGGUCGAGGACAUCGUCGACACGGGGCACACUCUCUCCGCCCUCAUCGCGCACUUGCGUUCCAAAGGUGCGGUCUCUGUCUCGGUCUGCACUUUUCUCGAUAAACCUGCGAGAAGGAAAGUUCGCCUUGAGCUCGUGGGGGAGGGCAAGUUCUAUAGAGGAUUCGAGUGCCCUGAUUGCUUCGUGGUGGGCUACGGCAUGGAUUUUAAUGAACUCUACAGGAACCUGCCUUACGUUGGAGUUCUGAAGCCCAAGUUAUACUCAUAAGUUCUCUCUUUUUUUUUCCUUUUUGGUUUUUUUGAAGAAAAAGAUUGAAUUUUAGUUUAUGUUUAUUUUCAAUUUAUGCUAGUCAACGAUUUGGAGUAAUUAUUUUGAAAGAUGGAUCUUAAUCCAUGCAUUAAAUGGUUCA